AUGUUGAGGUCUCCAAGUGGCUACAGCUCGUCAAGCGCAGAUCACAUCGAAGGUGCCGUGAACAACUGCCUGAGGGGACUGGACAGAUCCCGAUGCCUUGUGGUCACUUCAGGUGCUCGUUGGACAGGUCGACAGCCAAGCUUCCCUGGUGCUAAGGUUCUUCAGAUUGACUGCAGGCAUUUCCAUGAUCCUGACAGCGACAGAUCGAUCCGAGGUUGCACUGGACGACAUCCUAGCAUUAUCCGAGGAGUUGCACUUCAUGAGGCAAUGAAUGACCUCGUUGAGCAGGUGACAGAUUUCUUGAGGGCUAACCCGAAUGGGAAGCUCGUGAUCCACUUGUACUGCACCAGUGGUCGUCAUCGCAGUGUUGGAUUAGCAGCUUUGAUCUACUACUUCUUGGACGUGACUGAUUGGAGGAAGCCUUUGCUGAUCCAUUAUCACAGCCCGGAGUGGCGUGAGAUGACUUGUGGAGGUCAUUGCAGUCUUUGUGCAACAGCCGACACCAGAGAGCUUGGAAACUUGAUGAACAGGCAUCUUCCUGACGUGCGUGUUGUGGAUGUGGAUGAACCUGAUAGGGCCUACUACAACGGCGACGAGAUCUAUCCCCACGUUGACACCAUCCAGGACUGUGCCAGUUCCAGUCCGUGUAUGUUCCAGCAUAUCCACCUCCAAGCCGUAGUGCUGGAGACUCAUCUCGUGGAGGAGCACAUCACGAAGGAGACGAACGAGGCCGUGAUUAUGGAGGACAAGACCGACCAGAAGAAGAUCCUCUUCGAGCGGCAGGCGUGGUCGGCGAUCUCGAAGCAGCCACCGAUUCGACACCCAUGUGAUGAGUCUCAGCGUCAGCGACUUGAGAGGGAACUCCGCGACAUCUUGAACGACAACAGCGGAGACCCAUAUCGCUGGAAUGUCGAUGAAGACAUCCUUUCUUGGAUCAUCUCUUCUGCAAAACUGUGGGGAAACAGAGAUCGGGUGAUCUGGAUUACAGACCCCAGCCUUCCUCAUGAGGAGCAGCAGCAGCAAGGCAUCAGGGUGGACAUCAAGCUCAGAUCCCACGUGAGGAGCACUUUGAUUUCAGGUGGCAAAUGGAUGAAUCGACAGGGUUGGGUGAAAUCGUCAUUCUAUCGACCACGUGAUUCCGCAGGAACAUUGUGGAACAGACUUCAACGGGAAGAAGCUGUUGGAGAGAACGUCGAUCUCCCGACUACUUGGGCCGAUUUGGUGAUCUUCUCACAUCGAGACGUGCGCCCGCGAGCAUAUACGGGGCGCGUGGUUUUGUUGUCAGGUGAUCAGGGUUUUGAGGGCAGUAUCGCACCAAAAACGGAGCCCCAAAACGCACCAAAAACGGAGCCCCAAAAGAGCCAGAAAUAUGUCCCCAAAACAAAAGUCCAUUUGCAGAGUCGAAAGAAUCCUCCAACUCCACCACAGCCAAGUCGGUUUAUGAUUUGUACAGAUGAUGACAUGUUCAAGGGAAACCCCAAGAUUCAGACUCCGAAAGAUGAGUCAACCGACUAUAGCACAAGUUCAUCCGAUGAGAGCCCUGUUGCCAAACCUGUGAAAAGCAAAUCCUCCAAUGGAAAGCCUUGUCAUGAGAAAACCCCCAAGGAUGAAGUGAUCAUCAAAACCGAACCCGGUGAUGUACUGCCAGUUGGACUCAUGGCCAGAGAUCCAGAUGGUCCCAACAUGCAUGAAGUUGUUCUGGUCGUGAUCGGAGGUGAACAGCAAUCCUUUUUGGAUGCUCGAAUUUCCCCAGAUUCCCAAAGCGACGGAUAUGAGCCAUCCGUACUUGAGGCGCCUGAACCAAUUGCCUCAGACCCCGUCUUGAAACCCAACCUGAGAGUGAAAGAGGGUCAUCGCUUAUGCCUUCCAGGAGCCACUUUGAGCGAGCCCGAAAUGCGGCCGCACAAUGGUCCCAUCUAUGACAUUGGGCGAAUGUCGCAUCGCGGCCCAGCCUUUGCGUUUCCACAGGAGGAGCAACGGCCUCCCCUGGGUGGCACCAACUACCCCGACUCCUCUGUAGAUCUGACAUGCGCCACGGUGGACAGCCAAAAGGUUAAGUUCCCUGGUUCCGCGCAAGCGUGCUUUGGGACUGAGAUGAGAAUGGGCAUCAAGAACGCAGAGAUUCUGGUUACCAACCCCAACUUGAUGCUUGGAAUGGAAUCUCCAGGAGCCGCAGAAUACAGUCCAUCGCAAGAAGCUGUGCGUCGACAACAUCCCAAGUACAGCUUCGCAGAUAAUGUGCAGGAGCGGGUGCAAAACGCCAAGCCCGUGACGCGGCUCACAUUGCCGGCGGCAGACCUGGCACAAAGGGAAUUGGAAGAGAUUGAUGCAGCCAAAUUGAAAGCUCCAGAGGAUCCUGUUCCAGUGCCACCGGGCCUCAGUCGAACCUUGCAAGAGCAGUUGGAUUCGCUGACCGACAAGGUUGAUGUUUGCCUCUCGGAGAUACUCAACGUCAAAGUCUUGACGACCAAGCUGCCAAGCAAUGACAAGCCCACGGGAGGUUGGUCAACACCCCAAAAUCCCUGCGACCAGCUUGUUCAGCAGCCAGGCGCCGCUAGCAGCUCAAAGAAAAAGAGUGCCAAACUCCAGUGGAGUGAGAACGGGGAAGAAGAGGCCCUCCGAGAGACUGCUCGCCAUUCCUCAGAAGAUGCGCCACACAGCGGGGCUGCGACCUCCAUGCCGGUGCAGCGACGCUCCGAGUGGCCCACAAAGGCACCGAAGACCACCAUCCGGCAGAACACGGCAGGCUCCGACUCGCCUCCGGAGAAAGCGCUCCACCAUGUGGUGUCGCAGAAGGGGCCCAGGCAGGCCAUCGUGGCGGGCGGUGUCGAUCUGCAGGUGGCCUGGAAGCUCCACGCCAAGCGGAUUACGCAACAAGAUCCAACGUUAGAGUUGUCACCGAUGCUGAGACUGGUGCACCGUAGCUGGAUGGAAACGGCUUGGGAAUUCUUGGACGAUCCAGACUCGAGUCGAGGAGCAUGGUGGGCCUGUCUCUUCCAGAAACUGAUCGUUUGCAUCGCUUUGCUCUUUUCCUGCUUGCAAGUCACCAAGGAGCCAUUGAUGGACCCCCUGAACUUCGCCAUAUGGGAAACAGCCCUGGAUAUCCUGUUCCUCAGCGAGUUUCUGGCACGGAUCAUCUGCACUCCUUUGAGGAGGACCUAUGUUUUGGAUCCAUUGAAUUGGGCAGAUAUGCUGAGUGUUUGUGCAUUGCCACUGCGGAUUGCUGCUGGAUUUGUGCUCUACGACCCUUUGUCGGAGGAUGUUCUGGUUCGGAUAUUGAUGUUCGUGGUGCCAUUGAUUCGAUUUCUAAAACUGCUUCGCUACUUUGAGAUUUUCCGGCUCUUGAUUGACGCCUUCAAGAACAGCGCUACAGCACUUCCCGUACUCGCCUAUAUCAUGGCUUUAAUAACACUGUUCGGGGCUACAGGGAUUUAUUUGGCCGAAGAAAAAGCGAACAUUCCAUAUUUCCAGCAAGCAAUGUGGUUGGCCAUUGUGACCAUGACAUCUGUUGGCUACGGUGAUUUUUACCCGGAGACCCUCGCGGGCUACAUCGUCGUGUCCAUGCUCACUUUUGUCAGCGUGUUGUUUCUGGCUAUGCCUGUGGGGAUCAUUGGCUACGAAUUCACCUGUUGCUGGCAGAGUCGUGAUCGUGUGCUGUUGAUCACCAAAGUUCGCAAAUGUCUGGAGAAAUGGGGCUACAGCGCCAAAGAUGUCAGAAUCUUAUUUGAUUAUGUGGAUGCAAACGGAGAUGGAGAUUUAAAUCUCAGUGAGUUCAUUGAAUUGAUUCGACAAAUGCGUAUCGGUAUCAGCGUUGAAAGCGCUUUCGACCUAUUUACCUUGUUUGAUGACGACAACAAUGGCACGCUGGACGCAACGGAAUUCUUGCGGCACAUUUUUCCAGAACAGUAUGUCAAAGAUCAACAAGAGAAGCAGACACCUCCAAGAAAGAGCCGCGCAGUGGUGGGCGAGGCCUUGCAGCACCUGGAAAAGAUCCAGGACUCCCAUGAGAACUCCGCAGAACACUUCUGA